AUGGGUACAGAUGGAAACAAAGAAAAUGAUCCCAGUACUCCUACGAAAGAAGCCAGCGCGCCUCACUCUGACUCGAAUAGCGGCAAAGCGACUCCUUUUGUGUUGCGAUCGAUACUAAAAAGGCGAACGUCUUCUGGAAACAAACUGAGCUCAAAGAAGCAUCGUGUUCAUUUCGAUUUGGAGCAGUCGAUAUCUCCGGAACUUAACAAAAAGCUCAGCCGCCGAUUGUUCAUAUGCGAUGAAGUAGAUGAUGCAAAGCUUGCUGAGGUUGAGAAUCACAAAACGGUCACAGAGUCGUUGUCCAUGCAAAGUACAGAGCCGCAACUGACCAAAUGUUCGCAACAACUCUUUGAAUUUGCAAAGGAAAUUCCAGAGUUCAAAGAGAUGGCACUGGCUAUGUCCUGCAGUACUUCUCCCAUAGAAGAACUCCUACCUUUUGUCACCUUGUGCAAAUUCUCCAGGGGUCUGCAAGCGGCUUUCUACGCGCGUGGCAUCAAGACAGCGGGCGACUUCGGCCGCAUGAUGGUGAAAGAGAUAUGUGAAUUUCCGAUAAAGAGGCCGAAAGUUAUGGUGGCUCUCAAAGCUCUGCGUUCGGUUUAUAACAGACGUGGGCCACUCCAGACGACGAAUGGACAGCAACCUCCUAGUACUGAGCAGAGCAAAGAGCACGCCAGAGCCACGAAAGGUGUUUCCGAUGAUCCGGAAGUUAAGUUCGAUUACGAAAACGAUGACAGUAGCAGCAGCGAUGAAUGUGAAGUGACCUACUUGUUCAAUAUUGUGAAAGUGAGUGACAUUCUUGUGGACUACAUGUUCGUGCGGUUUUAUGUCUUUUCGCAUGGCGACAAUUUUGGCAUUUUAUCUUUUCCAGGAACGACCAAUGUCGCUAAAAAGUUGGUGAAACUAGCAACAAAGGAAAGCUCACUGAGAGUUAUAAAUCAGCCACAAACGUGGUCUGUCGAUGCUGCUUUGAAUUCUGAGAUGGUCAUCUUAAUCGAAGAUAUGCGACAGGGCAGAGACUCCAGAAAUUAUAUCAGAGAAGAUCAGGAAGGUCGACAAUCAAAUAAUGACAGCGUACCCAUGUUACGUGGUCCCCUAGAUCACUCCAAGCUUUCGCUGACAACGACUGAAAGCCAUAAGAUAUUGGAUUUUCCGCCAUGCAGUGCCAUCGUCGAUGAUGCAAACGACACCGCUCACGAUGCACGUAUAACGGGGCUGGAAGAAAAUGAAGAGUCAGCGUCUGUUCAGGGUGUGCGUAAGGCGUUGACAAUAUUCGAUGAAGGUCAGGAACAGCGAAGUUCAGAAUUCGAUGGUCUAAAAUACGAUGAAAUCGCCACUGAACCGCCAACGUCCGUCGCACCGGUAACUGACACCGACCAGUUGACGCCUACUGCAAUUAGAGCAGCGUUCGCUAUGGUCAGUAACGGCUUGACCCAGUGCCUGUCGGUCACAUUCCCGAUGUCGCAGCUAAAUCAGUUGUUAGUGGAAUGGACUGAAUUGUUCGAAUUAACCAAAAAGGUUGAUCAGCACUUUCGUCGCAUCAAAGAUGAUCUCGACAAAGAUAUCGAUUAA